AUGCAGGCCAAAAAACGCUAUUUCAUCCUGCUCUCAGCUGGCACUUGUCUCGUCCUUUUGUUUUACUUCGGAGGCUUGCAGUUCAGGGCAGCGAGAAACCAAAGCAGGAGAGAGGAGCACAGUAGCAGGAAUGGCUUGCACCACACCAGCCCGGAUCACUAUUGGCCCCGAUUCCCGGACGCUUUGCGCCCCUUCAUUCCUUGGGAUCAAUUGGAAAACGAGGAUUACAAUGUGCACAUUUCCCCUAGGCAGAAGAGAGACGCCAAUUCCAGCGUCUACAAAGGCAAGAAGUGCCGCAUGGAGUCCUGCUUCGAUUUCACCCUUUGCAAGAAAAACGGCUUCAAAGUCUACGUGUACCCGCAGCAGAAAGGGGAGAAAAUCGCCGAAAGUUACCAAAAUAUUCUAGCAGCCAUCGAGGGAUCCAGGUUUUACACUUCCGAUCCGAGCCAAGCUUGCCUGUUUGUUCUGAGCUUGGAUACCUUAGACAGAGACCAGUUGUCACCCCAGUAUGUGCACAACCUGCGAUCGAAAGUGCAAAGCCUCCACUUGUGGAACAAUGGUAGAAAUCAUUUAAUUUUUAAUUUAUAUUCCGGCACCUGGCCCGAUUACACUGAAGACGUAGGGUUUGAUAUUGGCCAGGCGAUGCUGGCUAAAGCUAGCAUCAGUACUGAAAACUUCAGACCGAAUUUCGAUGUUUCUAUUCCGCUCUUUUCUAAGGAUCAUCCUAGGACAGGAGGGGAGAAGGGAUUUCUAAGGUUUAACACCAUCCCUCCUCUCAGGAAGUACAUGUUGGUAUUCAAGGGGAAAAGGUACCUGACAGGGAUAGGGUCAGACACCAGGAAUGCCUUAUAUCACGUCCACAACGGGGAGGAUGUUGUCCUCUUGACCACCUGCAAGCAUGGCAAAGACUGGCAAAAGCACAAGGAUUCGCGUUGCGAUAGAGACAACACCGAAUAUGAAAAGUAUGAUUAUCGUGAAAUGCUGCACAAUGCCACUUUCUGUCUGGUUCCCCGUGGCCGCAGGCUUGGAUCCUUCAGGUUUCUGGAGGCUCUGCAGGCUGCCUGUGUCCCAGUUAUGCUUAGCAAUGGAUGGGAGUUGCCAUUCUCCGAAGUGAUUGAUUGGAACCAAGCUGCCGUCAUAGGGGAUGAGAGAUUGUUAUUACAGAUUCCUUCUACAAUCAGGUCUAUCCAUCAGGAUAAAAUCCUAGCACUUAGACAGCAGACACAGUUCUUGUGGGAGGCUUAUUUUUCUUCAGUUGAGAAGAUUGUAUUGACCACACUAGAGAUUAUUCAGGACAGAAUAUUUAAGCACAUAUCACGUAACAGUUUAAUAUGGAACAAACAUCCUGGAGGGUUAUUCGUAUUGCCACAGUAUUCCUCAUAUCUGGGAGAUUUUCCUUACUACUAUGCUAAUCUAGGUCUCAAACCCCCCUCCAAGUUCACUGCCGUUAUCCAUGCAGUAACUCCCUUGGUAUCCCAAUCUCAGCCUGUGCUGAAACUCCUGGUUGCUGUAGCCAAGUCCCAGUACUGUGCACAGAUCAUUGUUUUAUGGAAUUGUGAUAAACCCCUCCCAGCCAAACACCGCUGGCCUGCCACUCCUGUGCCUGUCAUAGUCAUCGAAGGGGAGAGCAAGGUUAUGAGCAGUCGCUUCCUACCUUAUGACAACAUAGUCACAGAUGCUGUGCUAAGCCUUGACGAGGACACCGUGCUUUCAACCACCGAGGUGGAUUUUGCCUUUACAGUAUGGCAGAGUUUUCCGGAGAGGAUUGUAGGGUACCCUGCUCGCAGUCACUUUUGGGAUAAUACUAAGGAGAGAUGGGGCUAUACAUCCAAAUGGACUAAUGACUAUUCCAUGGUAUUGACAGGAGCUGCUAUUUACCACAAAUAUUAUCACUACCUGUACACUCAUUACCUGCCUGCCAGCCUGAAGAAUAUGGUGGACCAACUGGCCAAUUGUGAGGACAUUCUAAUGAAUUUUUUGGUGUCCGCUGUGACAAAACUGCCUCCAAUCAAAGUAACACAGAAAAAACAGUAUAAGGAGACCAUGAUGGGGCAGACUUCCAGGGCUUCCCGCUGGGCUGACCCAGAUCAUUUUGCCCAGCGGCAGAGCUGCAUGAACACUUUCGCCAGCUGGUUUGGCUAUAUGCCGCUGAUCCAUUCUCAGAUGAGGCUUGACCCUGUCCUCUUUAAAGAUCAGGUCUCCAUCCUGAGGAAGAAAUAUCGAGACAUUGAACGACUUUGA